AUGUGCCUUUUAUGCAACAAAGUUUUGGGCAAUGACUCUGUGAAACCAUCUAAACUGCAAGAUCAUCUGAGAAGAUGUCACCCUGAUAAAACAGAGAAAGAUUUGAAAUACUUUCAAACACUCAAAGAUAAAUUUCAGAAGAGACCUACACUGGACAGAAUGUUCGCUUCGACGUCACAAAGAAAUGAUGAUGGUUUGCGGGCAUCUUACAAUAUCUCGUUACUUAUAGCAAAAUCCGGAAAACCGCAUACUAUCGCAGAGAAGUUCAUUUUGCCAGCCGUUGAAGAGGUUUUAAAAACUGUUUUACACAAACCUGCAUGUGAUAUCAUUGAAAGAAUUCCCUUAAGCAACAAUACUGUUGAAAGACGUAUUGAUGAAAUGAGUUCUGAUAUUGAAAGCUUCUUAUGUAAUUAUUUGCAAACGACCCAUUUCUCUAUACAACUGGACGAGUCAACUUUACCUGAUAAUGCAGCAUUAUUAUUGGCAUAUGUUCGUUUUAUUAUGAAUCAAGAAAUCUACGAAGAACUGCUAUUCGCAAGAACUUUGAUAACCGACACGAAAGAUUUUGAAUCUAGGUUUGAGGAUAUUUUGACUAUGGUAAUACCACCGUGGAUAAUUAAUCCAUAUGGUGACGUAGAAGAAGCGAAUGUCAUAAUACAAGAGGAACUGACUGAACUAAGUACAAACGAAGAACUUAAGGUUCAGUUUAAAAACGGAUAUCAGCAAUUCUGGCUGCAAAACAACAUACCCGUUACUUAUCCCGUACGUUAG